AUGGCCCAGUUCUGCUACCGCACCUCGUUUGUCGCCGCCGCCCUCACAUACGGCAUUGUUGUCUACAAGACCCAGCGCGCUCGUGCAAAGACCGGCAACAGGCCUCCUGGCGGCGCCAUUGCUCUCCUCGCUGAUGAGAAUGUUCAAUAUCUGAUUUUGGCCCUGAUCUGGCUCUUCUCCCCCCAGUACCCCCUCGCUCUCCUUCCUUACUCCGUAUACUCGAUCUUCCACGUUGCGACCUACACACGUGCCAACCUGAUCCCCGUCCUCCAGCCUCCCCCCGCUGCCGCUACCGCUGAUGGUGCCUCCAAGCCCCGAGUUAGCAACCCUUGGGCUGAUAGGAUUGGCGCCUUUGUGAAGGAGUACUAUGACUCCUCCAUGUCUGUUGUCGCUCUCCUUGAGGUUCUCCUCUGGGGCCGCAUCCUGCUAGCUGCUCUCCUCUUCCAGCGCAGGUCUUGGAUCCUCAUUGUUCUCUACACUGCAUUCCUCCGCGCACGCUACGCCCAGAGCUCACACGUGCAGACUGCCUUCGUCCAGCUCUCCGCUCGCAUCGACUCCGCAGUUGGGUCACAAAACACUCCCCCCGCUCUUCGCCAGACCUGGGACACCGUGAAGAACGUUGCGGUCCAGUUCCGCGACAUCACCGAUGCCAGCAAGUAUCUGCAGGGCGCUCCCGCAAAGAAGACCUCGUAA